AUGAACUUGAAGCAGUUCACGUGCCUAUCAUGCGCUCAAUUACUCGCUAUUCUGCUCUUUAUCUUUGCUUUUUUCCCUAGAAAAAUCGUGCUGACAGGUAUAUCAAAGCAAGAUCCGGAUCAAGACCGUGAUCUCCAGCGCGAUAGGCCCUUCCAGAAAUUGGUGUUUGUGAUCAUUGAUGCUCUCAGAUCAGACUUUCUUUUUGAUUCGCAGAUUUCCCACUUCAACAACGUGCACCAAUGGCUCAAUACGGGCGAAGCAUGGGGUUACACGUCAUUUGCUAAUCCGCCUACCGUGACGCUGCCUAGACUCAAAAGUAUUACUACGGGAUCUACACCUAGCUUCAUUGACUUGCUGCUGAAUGUAGCCCAGGACAUAGAUUCCAACGAUCUUUCGGAGCACGAUUCCUGGCUGCAGCAGUUCAUCCAACAUAAUAACACGAUUCGUUUCAUGGGCGAUGACACCUGGCUGAAACUGUUCCCACAGCAAUGGUUUGACUUCGCUGACCCGACACACUCGUUCUUUGUCAGUGAUUUCACUCAAGUCGAUAAUAAUGUGACGAGGAACUUGCCCGGGAAAUUAUUUCAGGAAUGGGCCCAGUGGGACGUGGCUAUCCUGCAUUACUUGGGUCUUGACCAUAUCGGGCAUAAAGAUGGCCCGCAUUCAAAGUUUAUGGCUGCUAAACAUCAAGAAAUGGACAGCAUUCUGAAGUCAAUAUAUGAUGAAGUGUUGGAACAUGAAGAUGACGAUGAUACACUGAUUUGUGUUCUUGGCGACCAUGGAAUGAACGAACUGGGCAACCAUGGUGGCUCUUCAGCCGGCGAAACAUCAGCAGGAUUGUUGUUUUUGUCACCUAAGCUGGCGCAAUUUGCUAGGCCAGAAUCGCAAGUAAACUACACAUUGCCCAUCAACGCUAGUCCGGACUGGAAUUUCCAGUAUUUAGAGACUGUUCAACAAAUUGAUAUCGUCCCCACCAUAGCAGCACUGUUUGGUAUGCCAAUCCCCAUGAACAGUGUUGGGAUAAUAAUACCUGACUUUUUACAACUGUUGCCCAAUAAGUUGGCAAGUAUGAAAGAAAAUUUUAUGCAUUUGUGGAAAUUAUCAGACCAUCACGGCGAGGUUGCUCUUGACGAUUUCACUGCCGAAGAUAUUUAUACAAAGAUGUACACUAUUCAAGAAACGUUAACCAAGUCUGCAACAAAUUAUAAUUAUCCUCUUUUGACACUGGCUUUUGUUGGUUUCCUCAUAAUAACAAUCAUCGCCAUUUAUGUAUUAUUACGUUAUUCUGGGCCUGAUUUUUGGCAGUUGCGCGUUUCUUCCCUGUCUGUUCUGUUAGUUUCCAUUAUACUAGGCGUUUCCACAUUUGCAAGUAGUUUCAUUGAAGAGGAGCACCAACUGUGGUGGUGGAUAGUAACUGCAUUCUCGGCGGUCCCUCUGUUCGUAUACCGAUUGAAUGUGCUCAUAAUCGUGCGCUGGUUUAUAAUGAUGGCAUGCGUACGCUCAAUCAAGUUUUGGAAUAACAGUGGCCAGAAAUUCAUUUAUUCUAACGUUAUGUCCAAUCUACUUAAUCAGAAUCCUUCCUGGAAGUGGUGCUUAAAUAUGUUGACAUUUCUAGUGCUGAUAAUGGCAUCUGCUGGUUUUCAAGUACUACAUUUUAUUGUCACUACUAUUUUGGUGGGGUUGUGUUUCACGUACAAAAUCUCGUGGGAAAUCGUCAAUGGUAACCAGGCAGAAAUACCGCUCUUUAUGCAUGAUUUACUGGCUAAGAUAGACUUUGCACCAACUGAAAGUAACUUGAUUGUACUUGCGCGCGUUUUCUUCCAAGCUUGGGCUAUUGUUGUCAUUUCAAGGUUGGUCCUGACGAAAUUGAAAGUACUUAACAAGAACUACCUCAUUAAAGAUAUGAAAGUUUAUAUAACAAUUCUUUUGAUGUUCCAAACUUCUUCUCAGAACAUAGGUCAAUUUCUCGUUUUCCAAAUAUUAGAGUCCCAAAUUUUUUACUUUUUCCAAAAUAUUCCAACCGCCUCAUUAACAUCAACAAGUAAGAUUUAUUUUUCGAAUUUGGUGUCCUUAAUUUUACAAAAUUUUACAUUUUUCCAAUUCGGUGGCACAAAUUCCAUUUCUACUAUAGACCUUGGAAACGCAUACCAUGGUGUUUCCUCAGACUACAACAUCUACGUAGUGGGGAUAUUAAUGUCCGUUGCCAAUUUCGCGCCGGCAAUAUACUGGUCCAUGCUACCGUGGUCAAUAAACUACGCCUCUAUUCCAGCACAAGUUAAGUUGCAAACGUUCAUCAGAAGUAAGUUACCUGCCUUCACCUAUCAUUGUAUAUUUGGAACUUGUUUGAUGACGGCAUGCGUCGUUUUGAGAUUUCAUCUCUUUAUUUGGUCCGUUUUCAGUCCAAAAUUAUGUUAUUUUCUUGGGUGGAAUUUUGUGAUGGGAUUGCUGAAUGGCUGGUUACCUGAAUUGGCCCUCCUUUGCGCUCUUGAUUAA